AUGGAGAGGGUUUCUUUGUCUAACAAGGGGAAAGGGCCCAAAGAAGAGUUAGCUGAUUUGGUGUUUUCAUGGUCUCUUGAAGAUAUUAACAAUGAGGAUCUGUACAAAAAUCAGGUGGAGAAGAUUCCUCUAUCAUUUCAAUCGGAGGAUAAUUAUCUUGGUUCAUAUGUUUUUCCUUUACUGGAAGAAACACGAGCAGAACUGGCUUCCAGUAUGGAAAUUCUAUACAGAGCACCUUUUGCAGAAGUGAUCUCUUUUAACGAGUGUAAGCUCCAUGGAAAAUUAUUAUACGAUGUCAAGUUCUCAUAUGUUCUAUCUCAUGUUGAGGAAACAUGUGAUUGUUGUUAUGGACAUAACAAUAGCCAAUUAGCUGAAAGAUUCAGUACAAGACUUUUGUCUAAGCUGAAUGAAUCUCAAACUGAGGCAAUCAUGGAUUCUCUCCAUAAAAUGGAAUGUAGACACAAGACUUCUGUGAAACUUAUAUGGGGUCCGUCUGGAACAGGGAAAACUAUGACUGUCAGUAUGAUGCUGUUUAGCCUCCUAAAACUGAACCACAGGAUCCUUACUUGUGCCCCAACAAAUGUAGCAAUAAAGGAAGUAGCCUCUCGGGUGCUAAAGAUGGUUAAAGAAUCAUUUAAAGCUGAUUCUGCAAGGGAUUCUUUGUUUUGUUCAUUGGGGGAUAUUUUAUUAUUUGGGAAUGAGGACCAACUGAAAAUUGGAUCAGAAAUUGAGGAGAUCUAUCUGGAAUAUCUUGUUAAAAGACUUGUAGAGUGCUUAGGACCAUUGACCGGUUGGAAGCAUUGUUUAAAUUCCAUGAUAGAUUUUCUUGAAGAUUGUGUUUCUCACUACCAAAUUUUUGUUGAAAAUGAAUUGUUCAUGGCAAAAGAACUUUGCGAAGAAGGUGAACCUACCGAGGUGGAAUUCAAAUCAUUUCUUGAGUUUGCAAGAGACCGAUUCAAAUCUACUGCAUUACCACUCAGGAGAUGUUUAUUUAAAUUCUGUACCAAUUUACCAAAGCGUUACAUUCUGGAACAUAAUUUUCAAAACAUGGUAUCUCUUAUUAAUUUACUUGAUUCGUUGGAAAUGUUGUUUCAAGAAAAUGUGGUUUCUGAAGAAUUGGAGGAGCUUCUUUCACGUCAGGAAACAGUUGAAGACACUUCUGAGGCUCUUGUGGAUACGUCCUUACUGCUGCUGUGCAUGAGACGAAGCAAGUGUCUUUCUGUUUUGAGAACUCUUCGGCUUUCUCUGGAGAAACUUAACCUUCCAAGUGUUAUGAACAUAGAUUCAAUAAUGGAAUUUUGUUUUCAAAGAGCUUCCUUAAUUUUCUGCACUGCUUCCAUUUCAUAUAUGCUUCAUUGGGUGGAAAUGGAACCACUGAACUUGCUUGUUAUUGACGAAGCUGCCCAGUUGAAGGAGUGUGAAUCAACCAUACCCCUUCAACUUCCGGGUAUUAGGCAUGCUAUUCUCAUUGGUGAUGAACGCCAGUUACCAGCAAUGGUCAAGAGUGAAGUUUCUGGUAAUGCUGGUUUUGGAAGAAGCUUAUUUGAAAGAUUGAGUUCAUCCAGUCAUCCCAAGCAUCUGCUUAAUAUACAAUAUAGAAUGCAUCCGAAAAUUAGUUUCUUCCCUAAUUUAAAAUUUUAUCACAAAUCUAUCUUGGAUGCACCAAAUGUUAACAGUAGAAGUUAUGAGAGACACUAUCUUCCAGGUCCAAUGUUUGGUCCUUACUCUUUCAUAAAUGUUAUUGGCGGAAAAGAAGAACUGGAUGAUGCUGGACAUAGCCGGAGAAAUAUGGUUGAGGUAGCUAUUAUUUUGAAGAUAGUGCAGGAUCUGUACAAAGCUUGGAUUAAUGGCUCUAAAAAGAAUCUUAGCAUUGGUGUGGUGUCUCCCUGUGCUGCCCAAGUUGUGGCAAUUCAAGAAAAACUUGGACGGAAGUAUGAGAACCUUGCUGGUUUCAUGGUGAAGGUGAAGUCUAUUGAUGGGUUCCAAGGUGGAGAGGAAGAUAUCAUGAUAAUAUCUACUGUAAGAACUAAUAGUAGAGGAUUCAUCGGGUUCAUAUCCAGUCCUCAAAGAACUAACAUUGCUUUGACUAGAGCCAGGCACUGUCUUUGGGUUCUUGGAAAUGAGAAAACCCUAUCCAACAGUGGAUCAGUAUGGGCAGAGUUAGUCCAAGAUGCUAAGGAUCGUCAAUGUUUCUUCAAUGCCGACGAAGACAGUGAUAUAGCCAAAACAAUAUUAGAUGUGAAGAAAAACCUUGAUCAACUUGAUGAUUUGCUUAAUGGGGCCAGUACACUUUUCAAAAGUGCAAGGUGGAAGGUUCUUUUCAGUGAUCAAUUUAGAAAGUCAUUUGGAAAAUUGAUGUCUGUCCAUUCAAAGAAGUCUGUUUUGAACCUUUUACUUAAGCUAUCUAGUGGUUGGCGACCUAAGAAAAGGAGUGUGGACUCAGUUUGUGAAAGCUCUUCACAGAGCGUUAAACAAUUCAAGGUUGAAGGGCUCUAUGUUGUAUGCACAAUUGACAUAGUGAAGGAAUCUAGGUACAUCCAAGUUUUGAAGGUUUGGGACAUAUUGCCUUUAGAGGAGAUCUCGAAAUUGGUGAAAUGUCUUGAUAGCAUAAUUGCAAUGUACACCGAUGAUUUUAUCAAGCGCUGCAAAUGUCUUGAGGGGGACUUGGAAAUUCCAAAGAGUUGGGUGACCUCUUAUGACAUUGUCCGGUUUCAGAAUAUUCGCAACACUGAAUUUGGGAGUGAAUCAAGUGUUGCAGCUGUUGAUUGUAGAAGUUAUGUUGAGAAUUCAAAGGUUAGUGAAAGCUUGUUGCUGAUGAAAUUCUACUCAUUAUCAUCUGGUGUUGUGAGUCACCUGCUUUCUGGCUGCGAUGGUGGGGAACUGGAUCUCCCCUUUGAAGUAACAGAUCGGGAGCUGGAAAUUAUUCUCUUUAGUAAAAGCACCUUUAUAGUUGGACGGUCAGGCACUGGAAAAACUACUGUUUUGACCAUGAAAUUAUUUCAAAAGGAGCAACAACACCAUAUGUCUACAGAUGGAUUUUAUGUAGUUGAGAGCAGUGCCACUAAGAGUACUAGCCAGAUAAACGAGUUUAGUGAGUGCAUCGGAGAGACUAAGGGAACUGCAUUUCGCCAGCUAUUGUUACAGUUAGUCCAAAAUUGUGUUAUGCUAUCAAACAACAUGUUUCACAGCUGA